AUGUCAAGUGAGGAGGUUACUGAAAGUCAACAAGUCGCUAAGGAACUCACUCUUGUAGUGGAGUUGCCUAAGGUUUUAAAUGCCGGUGACAAUUUACAUAUUCCUUCCAAUUAUGAAGAAGAUUUAAAUGAUUUAAGACAAUCACUUUUGAUUCUUCCUGUUAGUAAGAAUCUUACCAAUUAUAAUUUAUUCAUUCAAAAUGUAAAUGUAUCUGAAACUUUCGAUGCUUUAACUCCUUUUAGUGUUAUUAUUGAACAAUUAGAUUUACAAAUUGAAUCAGAAUUGAAAAUUACUGUGAAGGAAAAACCUUAUACUUUAGCUUCAGUAUAUGAUCAAAUUACAAGAUUCAGAGAAGUGAUCGGUUUACAUUAUAUCGAUAGAAUCACCGAGGAUAAUGUCGCUUCAAGAGGUGCUACUGCCUUUAAUACUUUAUCUUUAAAUGAAAUCAAUGAAAAUAAAGUUGAAGAAGAAGGUGAAACUAAAGAAGAUCAAUCAAAAGUGGAAAUUUCUGAACAAGAAUUAUCACAUCUUGCUCAAAUUAGUGAUGAAAUCUGUCAAAUCUCAGAUAAUUCAAACUUUCAUCCAACUUUUGAUAAUGUCAGUGAUAAAUUAAGAAUCCCAAUUAAAUCAUUAACCAUCUCUCAAUGGUCUCCAGUUCCAACUUUUCAAAAAAAUAAAGGAGAUUUGUUAUACUUAACUUUACAAUCUUUAGAAGGAGAAAUCUUUCAUAUUACGUGUCAUUAUUCUGGUUUCUUUGUUAAUAAAUCAUCAUCCACUAAUUUCAAUCCUGAUUUAAAAGUCCUUGAAAAGGGGAAAUUCUUCAAACAUUUCCUUUUAUAUAAUUUAAUCGAUCAAGUUUCACCAUUAUUCUCCAAAACUAUUGAUGAAAAUGAAAUCAGAUUAUCUUCUACUAGUGAACAUCCAGAAACUUAUUUAUUACCUCAAAACGCAACUUUAGCCACUCCUUGGAUUGUCGAUGUUAAAUCAAUCUCUCAUCAACCUGAUCUUUCAAGAUCUCAAUUACCGUUGAUUUCCAAUGGGGUCGAUGGAUCUGAUUACGUUAAAGAUUGGAAUGAAGAUAUUCAAUCCAUUCGUGAUUUACCAACUUCAACCAUUCAAGAAAGAGUCGUUAGAGAUAAAUUGAUUCAAAAAUCAUUACACGAUUUCACUAAAAUCGCUACGGAAACCGCCAUCAAUAUCGUUAAUGGUAAUUUAACCCCUAUGAAUCCAAAUGAAGAACCAGAAAGACAUAUCUAUUUAAAAAAUGGGAUUUUCUAUUCUUCAAGUGCCACGACUGCUGAUGUCUACGCUGAAACUGGGGCCGAUGAAGCCGCAAGAUAUGUCGCUUCUAAGGAUUUAGCCGGUGUUAAGGCUAUGAAUAGAGCUGAUAUUAGAGGAGUUCAUAAUUUAGCUACUACUGUGGUUGAUUAUUUAGGUAGAAGAAUCAUUUGUCAGGCUCCUGUUCCAGGUAUUUUCACUCAAAAUGUGAAUGAAAAUGAAGAUGAUGAAAAAGUUUCUUAUGGUUUAUCUACUGAUGGAUUGAAGAUCUUGGAAGAUAAAUCUUUUGAAGAACCUUUGAAAUCGGUGGCUGAAGUUUUCCAUUUAAAAGCUCAUAAAGUCGAACUUGAUGAAUCUACCAAGUCUGAAUCAGAAUUAGUGGUUUCAAAAGAUACUAAAGGUAUUAAAGGAUCUGAUGGUCGUAAAUAUGUCAUUGAUUUAUUUAGAACCACUCCUCGUGAUAUUUCAUUCACUGAACAAAAUUUCGAUAUUGCCAAUCCUGAAACUUCUUAUCCUCAUGCUGAAUCCCUUAUUAGACAUGAAGCUAUUGCUGAAUGGUGGAAACGUAAAGCAUCUGCUCUUUUCAAAGCUGAAACUGAAAAAUUAGAACAGGAAGGUGAUGGUCAAUCAUCAAAGGAUGGUGAAAAACCUCAAAUCGUCUUACCUACCGAUCAAAUUGUUUUCAACCCUGAUGCCUUUUCAGGUGCUAGUGAAUCUGAAGAUGAUCAAAGUGGAGUUAGAGAUAUUUCUACUUUUGUUAAAGAUCAUUUAAUUAAAGAAUUCUUAGUUGAAUAUCCUAAUGAAUUGGCUCCUUUCGAUGGUACUCAAUUAACUGAAUCAUUACAUAGAAAGGGGGUUAAUUUAAGAUAUUUAGGAUAUAUUGCUGAACAAGCUUUAGAAGAAUCAGAAGAAGAAGAAGAAUCAAAAGCUACCAUUGAACAAACCGUGGCUAAUUAUGAAGUUCUUUAUAAACUUUCCGUCCAAGAAAUGAUUGCUAGAGCUUCCAAGCAUAUCUUACGUAAAUUAACUUCUAGCCUCCCACCAUUAUUAUCUCCAUAUGUCGUGGCCCAUUUCCAUAAUUGUUUAUUAGGUAGUAAGAUCACAGAUUCUCCAACUAUUGAAAUUGAUCAAACUCUUGCUUCAUUCUUACCUGAAGAAAAUUUUGCUUUCACCAAACUUAACACUGCUUCUAUCGCUGACCUUGUUCAAAAGGAAGUUUAUGCCAGAUUCAGAUACACUUUACCAAUUGAUUGGAUUGAUACUUCAGUGAGACCAGCCCAAUUACUAAGAGAAAUCAGUAUUAAAUUCGGUAUUCAAUGGAAAGCUCAAGAUUACGUCUUCACCAAAGAAGAAUUUGAAACUGUUAAGGAAAGUCUUGCUGUUAAAUCCCAAUCUAUUGAAACUUCCCAUUCUAAGAAAAAGGGUAAGAAGAGUAAAACCGUGUCUGUGGUUGAGAAAGUCAUUGAAAGAAACUCAAUCUUCGUCGUUGAUGAUAUAGUUAAUUUCGUUCCAAAUGUAAAGGACUCAUCAUAUAAACCAUCAUUACUUGAUGAUAUCUUCCAAGGGGUUAGAUCUCAUCUUUCCGAAGAUCAAAGAGAAUUAGGUUUCACACUUUUGAAUGAAUUACUUUCCAUCCAUGAACAAAUCUUCGGUAGAGUUAACAUCGAAACCGCUAGACUUUAUCCUAGAAUUGCUCAAAUCUACGCUGAAUUAGGUGAAGAUAAAGAAGCUGCUCUUAUUUCUCGUAAGUCUGCCAUUAUCGCUGAAAGAACUAGUGGGUAUGAUUCUUUCGACUCUAUUAAUGCAUUCAUGAAUUCAGGUUAUUAUGAAUCAGCUACUUUGAAUUUAACCAACUCAUUCAAAUUAUAUCAACAUGCUAUUAAUAUUUGGACUUCGGUUUAUGGUAAAGAACAUCCAGCUUUAAUUAAUACUUUAACUAAUUUAGCAGAUAAUUUAUUCAGAGCUGGUUUAUUUACUCAAGCUACUAAAUUAUUUGAACAAGCUCUUGAAUUAUCCAUCAAGCUUAAUGGUAAGUAUUCGCAAAUUUCAGGUGUUAUCUAUUUCAGAUUAGCCACUUUAUUACUUCAAUCCAGUAAAUUUAAUGAAGCUUUAGAUUAUUAUAUCAAUGCUCAAGAUGUUCUUACUAAACUUCUUGGACCUGAUGAUUCCUUAUCUAAACAAGCUGACAAAUAUGUUGGUACACUUAAAACUUAUCAAGAAUAUUUGAAAGUUCAAGAACAACAAAAGAAGAAACAACUCGCUGAACAAGCUGCUGCAAGUGGUAACAAUAAAGUUAGAGUUAAAUCUAAUACUGAAACAGUUACCAAUGGAAAGAAGAAUGGAAAUUCUAAAAAGAACAAUAUCCCUCAACCUGAUCCUGAAAUUGCCUCAAAAUCAAUUGAAGAUAUUUUAAACUUUAUUGAAGGUAAUCAACCUAAAAAGAAUGCCAAAAAGGCUUCAUCUGCCAAAAAAUCUAAAAAGUAA